UACCCUUAGUUGUUAUUAUUUAGCCGUAUCGUGUGCUGGUUGAGGAUAAAAUUCCAAACUGCGUCAGUCGCUUUGCGGUUCACAAUAUGCGUACAAUCUAGCUAACCAUAAUCCGUUUUCGCCACUUUUGCCUCACGGUCCACGAAUUAAGUUUGGUUUGCAGUUCCAGGUUUUCGGCUGGCACUUGUAAAAAUAACUACUUCUGCUGUGUCGUUGUCCCGCUGCUAUGACCACGUUGGCCAGUGUGUUAGACCAGCAGACGAAGCGGAGAAGCUAUAUGUCGCUGAAAGACGACGUCGACACAACCGAGCAUCCCGAAUCGGUGCCGUUCGUUAUUCGCGGUCAUGUAGGCGCCAACGGUCUUGACCAGCGGGAUGGACCGGGAUCGUUUCCUGCGACGGGGUCAGGUGCGCAUGCGACUACAACUGCAGCCGGAUCGGUACGACUAAAGCUAGGCGCUAAAAGGCCAUCGGCUACCAUCGAGAACGAGAAUGUCCCGCUGGAUAACGAAGAAGUUGCGGCGCGCCCCCAUCGACCGCGCAGUAAGAGCGACGCGGCCGCUAGUUACGCCAGUGAUCGAUCGAAAACCAGCGACCGGGAACUGGAAAGUAUUGAGCGCAAUCGGAAAUCCUCUAACGCCAACUCUAACGACACACCCGAUGAUGCCGCUCAGUCCGAGAUCAACAUUCGCGGCAAUCUUUACCAGACGAAGAAGACCGUCGCCCAGGGGUUGCUGGACAUUGCCCUGCUGACCGCGAACGCCAGCCAGCUGAAGAACCUCAUCGAAACGGAAAACCACCCCUUCUACACCCUAACCAUGGUACUGUUAUGUAUGUCAAUUGUGCUGCAGAUUGUCGUGGCAGUGGUGUUGCUGGUGGUGGGCCGGAUGGACAUGGAGACCAGUCAGAAGCAACGCAAGAAGGACAACAAGUCGGUGGUGUUGUUCAACGAUAUGGCCAUCAUCGGCGUUUUCCUCAUUACGGCGGUGAAUCUGUUUAUCGGGAUCUUUAUAUCACAUGGAAAGGCGUAUAUUCCACCGGUGGAUGCAGCCGCAUCGUGGAAUCAGAAGAUGUUCGAGCGACAGAAACAGCUGUGGGAACCUACGGCCAGAAACGCAUCCGCACGCUUUUAGUAAACUCGAUGUGAUCGUCCAAAUAAGGCAGCAGCAUUCCUUAAUUUAUUUGUUUCUGUUGGGAUGGUUAUUUUCCUUUUUCGCUCGUCGCAAAGCUCUGUGAUAACUUUUUACAUCGACUUGUAGUCUUGAACAGAUACCCAUUACUAGUAAUAGUACAUAAUGGGCAUCUCUUGAACACUGCACUGCACAUGUGAACUCGAUGUACCGUAUUCAUAGUUUCAUACAUAGAGAACAGAACUGCGAGAAACGGUUUUUGUGCGCUCUCUUUACGUACGCGGUUCGCAAAAAUUUUAAAAAAUGGCAAGGAUU